AUGUUGUCGGGGUGUUUCGGGCUGCUGUUGCUCCUCCCCUUGGUUUGCUGUGUCCCCUCCCCCUCCAGGUCUCCUUCCAGACUCUGCAGACGAUGCUGCGACCAGCAAGAUUCUCCCGCAGCCACGGCUCAGUAUCAAAUGCCUGAAGUCCGAACUGUCAUUAACAUGACCAUCCUCAAAGGUGAUAAAGGAGACAAAGGAGACAAAGGUACACCCGGAAAACCAGGUCUGGAGGGCCCUCCCGGCUACCGAGGCCCCAUGGGCCCUAAAGGCAGCAAAGGCCAAGCAGGCGCACCCGGAGACGCCUGCAAGAUCCCUCACUCUUCUUUCUCUGUGGGACGCCGCAAGUCCCUGCACAGCCUGGACUACUACCAGGCGCUGGUGUUUGACACCGUGUUUGUCAACCUCUACGAGCACUUUAACAUGUUCAAAGGCAAGUUCUACUGCUACGUGCCCGGGAUCUACUUCUUCAACGUCAAUAUCCACACGUGGAAUUUUAAGGAGACAUACCUCCACCUGAUGCACAACGACAAGGAGCAGGUGAUCCUGUACGCUCAGCCCAGCGAGAGGUCCAUCAUGCAAAGUCAGAGCGUCAUGCUGGAUCUGGCUCUGAAUGAUGAGGUCUGGGUGCGGCUCUACAAAAGAGAGCGGGAGAACGCCAUUUACAGCGACGACGUGGAUGUUUACAUCACCUUCAACGGAUACCUGGUGGCUCCCAGCAUCCAGUGAAGAGAAGGCAGGAUGGGCAGGCUGCGUGGGUCCGAUUAUUAAGUCUUUUUCCCAGGGAUAUUACUUUGUGCCAAGAAACAGGGACUUACUAGCGCACAAAUCAAUUUAGGUGCUUAAAUAUUCCUUUCAAUCCAGAGAGGAAAAUGUUGUUUUGUUAAAUAAAGACGGCCCAAAAUGCUUAAACCUAAACCUUAAAAAGAAAAAGGAAACAAGUGGCACAACUGGUACAGCAUAGGGGAAAAAAGUUAAAAUAAUUUCUUUGCACUAGAAAUACUUUAUCGUACAAAGAGCUUACUUUUUGUGCCAUUUUCCGUGAUCACCCGCUUUCAGGUACUUUUUAAUAAGACGUUACACCGAUUUUUCAGGAAUUUAAAAUCUGUGCAAUCAGUUUUAUGUGACAUUUAUGGUGCGAUGCCUCUUAGCAACAUAGAAUCUGUCAGAGUGAAAUGCAUUGUGACAGUCGGCUAUUCAUUAAACAAAUGUCCUCUUUCACAGAAGCAAUUUAAAAUGUCAGUUCAUCCAAAUUACAAAAAUGUCCCACAUCCACCACCAUUCCACCAACUGUAUGUAGCCAUGCAGAAAUGGAAAUGCUGAAGCUACAAGAUCCACUGUCCUAAUAUAAAAUGAUUGCAAAUACAUUAGGCAACUCCAUGAAACAUCACCAGCUUACAGACACAAGGUCGAUUUGAAGCAUUGCAUAACUUCAGGUGCUUUACAGGAAAUGAUUACAUUAUGGAGUGACUUAAACACAUUUGACUUCCAGGCUUUACACAUUAUACUGUAAUUUACUCAAAGUAGAAUUUACUCACUGCAAGUAACCGAAUACUUAAAAUUACUUUACAGGUUUCUUGCAAAAGCCUGACUUGUUACCCUCUUAUUCUAGUCUACCUGCCGGUAAAUAUAAUUACAUUGUAAUUUCAUAUAAAAUACACUGAAUUACGCCCUUAGUUGUGAGUUUUAUUACAAAAUGCUACCAAAUAUUUGCAGAAACAUCCCAAUCUUUAAUGCAAAACACUGUCAGAGAUCAUACACGGGGAAUCAGACAGCACAGCAAACAAUCCAAAUGAGGUCCAGGGAAAAGGCAAAGAUCAUCGAGCAGUUCAGAGGUCAUGCAUGAGAAUGCAAAAUACAAACAUCCGGGACAAGGCACAGAGAACAUGAGCAAUAAUAAAAAAAUACAAACGAAAUCAGCGUCAAUCUCAAGAAGGAAAAAUAAUAAUACAGAUAAAUAUUUGCAUACAUCAUAAUUUGUUUGUCAAAACAAAACAACCAAACAUAAACUAGCAAUUGUAAUUAUAUUUACCUACAAAUACUUAACAGCAAUAAGAUCAUUUAGGUGGAGUCAUUCUCAUUCUCACUCAUUGCUACUGAACUGCAGCCCUUUUUUUUUUUUCAACUGGAUCACAAUGGCUGCUAGCAUACUCCUUAUCUGUUCUCAUACAUUACAAAAGUCAUAAUCCAACUUGAGUGCUUAUAUUUGCAGUGACAUGGCAUGAAAAUAUUGCAAAACUUGAUUUACAUUAUUGUCCUUUUGUAAUUUUGGUGAGCUGACCACUUUUCCAGCAUAUGAAAAUACAUGUGGUGCUUUAUCAAAUGCAGGAAUGUAUUUGACAGUUAUUGAUUAUUGUUUUAGGGACUUGAGGCUGCAGAGCAGUUUAUGUAAAUACCUGUAAAUGAGCUUUCUGUAAUAGCUUUAAUAUGUUUUACCACUUAAGCUGUUGGGGCUGGACUGUCUAUGUCUGCGUGUGUGUGUUUAUAUAACAUAUAAAAACAAUAUUUCCUUCACUAA